AGUCCGUGUAUAAGAUAAGCACUUUAUAAUGUUUGCUCUACAUCAGUGAUAGCUUGGUGAGGGGGUAAAGUGGAUUUUCAGAGACAAGACCAUUUGUAGUCCCCAGAUUCUGCUGCACGGAAUAAGAAAGAAGUCACAGAAGAACAGGGGAUCCUGGAAUCAUUUCACAAUUACGUAUAAUUUCUAAUAAUAGACAUGGACAAAAAUGUUAAACAAGCCCUCCAUUAUGCCUUGGAAGAACUUCUUGAAAAAGAGUUUAAACAUUUUAAAUAUGUGCUACAUGAUAUGGAGUACAAAGGAAAAGGAAAAAUCAGCAGAGGGCAGCUGGAGAAGGCUGAUACACUAGAUGUUGUAGAUCUUAUGUGGACCUUCUAUGGUGAAGAUGAUGCACUCAAUAUAUGUAUACAAGUCCUUGAAAAAAUCAAUAUGAAGAAUAUUUCUGCAAAACUCAAAGUGGCAGCGCAGUCAGAUUUUGGUCUGGAUCAAGUACCUGAAACAUCUGCAUAUGAUGAAAGAUUGGCAUAUAGAGACUACAUUAAAGACAAAUUUCAAACAAUGAAAGACCAGAAUUCUCUUCCUGGAGAAUAUGUACAUCUUAACCAGCGAUAUUCAAAGCUAAUGAUCAUAGAUUAUCACCGACCAGAAAAGGAACGAGAACAUGAAAUUAUGGCUUCAGGAGGGACUCACAUUAAGCUCAUGAGGAAGAGAGCCAGUUCUGCUAUUACUGUUGAAACACUAUUCAAGCCUGAUAAACAUGGGCUAAGACCUCAAAUUAUUGUGCUACAAGGAGUAGCAGGAAUUGGUAAAACAAUGACAGCAAGGAAAAUCAUGUUAGACUGGGCUUCUGGAGAGCUUUAUGAAGACAUGUUUGAUUAUGUUUUCUAUAUACAUUGUAGAGAAGUGAACCUCUUUACAGAGGAAAGUAGUAUUGCUGAAAUGAUUUUAAAACAGUGGGCCAAUAAGAACACAAUUAAAGAGAUACUGAAAGAUCCUAAGAAACUCCUGUUCAUAAUUGAUGGGUUUGAUGAAUUAAGGUUUUCCCUUGAUCAGCUGGAAGAUUGCCCAUGCACUGAUCCCUGGAAGAAGAAGCCAGUGGGAAUCCUACUGAGUAGUUUAUUUCAGAAAAAUAUUCUUCCUCGAUCAUACUUGCUAAUCACGACAAGGCCAACGGCUUUACAGAAACUGCGUCAUUGUUUGGAGUGCUCACGUUAUGCUGAGAUCUUGGGUUUUUCAGAGAAGGACAAGAGGGAAUACUUUCACAAAUUCUUUCAGGAUAAACAUGAAGCAGAAAAGGCUCUAGGGCUUGUAAAACAAAAUGAGACACUCUUCACCAUGUGCUUUGUUCCCAUUGUAUGUUGGAUUGUCUGCACUGUCAUGAAACAGCAGAUGGAAAGAGAUAAAGACUUUACACAAAUGACAAACACACUCACUGCUGUCUACGUGCUCUACCUUUACAGUUUGUUAAAGUCAGAAAGUCAUUCAAAGCAACUGAAGGGUAACAAUUUGAAAUGUCUGUGUACUAUGGCUAUUGAUGGAAUCUGGAAACAGGUAAUAUUAUUUGGGGAGGAAGAAAUCAGGAAGCGUGGAUUAGAUCAGUAUGAUUCCCUCCCUCUCUUUCUGAGUGAGAACAUUUUCAAAAGAGACAUUGACUGUGAAUGUUUCUACAGUUUCAUUCACUUAAGCUUUCAGGAGUUUUUUGCUGCUUUAUCUUAUGUAUUAGAGGAAGAACAGGUACAGAAUUCUGAAAAGCAUAUUCAAGAGUUAAGAAUGCUAUUAGAAAGUUAUAUCACCUCUCGACAAGACUUAGCAUUGACAGUGCAAUUCCUCUUUGGUCUUUUAAAUGAAGAAAAAAGAAUGAAGGACUUGUAUCAAAAGUUUGGAUGGAAAAUUUCACCCGAAAUUAAGCAAUUUGUAUUAAAGUGGGUGAAAAACCACCAAAGCACAAAAAUAACACAUUCUUGGAGUAAUCAAUUAUUGUUCAGGUGUUUCUAUGAAAUUCAAGAUAAAAAUUUUAUAAAACAUGCAUUUGAUAAUGUGUCUGAAAUGGAAUUAUUCUGGGGUAUUCAUAGUAAGAUGGAAGAGAGACACUUAGCAUAUUGCCUAGAACACCUGUGUACUUUGGAGGACCUUUCCCUCAAUAAUGUUAAAUUUGUGCCAGAGGUUUUUUAUCCAGAUAUGCAAGAAGAAAAAGAGGAAGAAGUGUUCAACAAUUCAGCGCUACAGUUAAAUGGUGAUCUGCAUCCAGACCCACUGCCUGGAGAACAAAUCUGUAAAGCACUGAAGUGUCUAAAGAAUAAUUUAAGGAGAUUAAGGCUGAUUUAUUGUGGUCUUUCAACUGAUCAUUGGUGGGAUCUUUUAUCCAUUCUUUGCACUUCCCCAACAUUCUCUGAGCUGGAGCUGAGAUGUAAUGAACAGGGAGAUUCAGGAGUGCAAAAGCUGGCUGAUGUACUGAAACAUCCAGAUUGCAAGAUAAAGAGACUGAAACUGUACUUAUGUGAACUCACAUAUGCCUGUUGUGGGAAUCUCUCCUCUGCUCUUAGUACUGAUCAAAGUUUGUCAGAGCUGGAUCUAGAAAAUAAUGCAAUAGAAGACUUGGGAAUUAAGAUCCUCUCUGCAGGACUGAGACAUCCAAAGUGCAGAUUGGAGAAACUGGGGUUGGACAGAUGUGAAAUAACAUCUUCUGGCUGUGGUGAUCUCUCUUCUGUCCUUAGCACAAACCAGUCACUGAAAGAACUAUAUUUAGGGAACAAUAAACUGGAAGAUUCAGGAAUAAGACUGCUAUGUGACGGCCUGAAAAAUCCACACUGCAAAAUACAGCUAAUAAAGCUGAAUGGAUGUAAAAUCACAAAUUCGAGUUGUGGGGAUCUCUCUUCUGUCCUCUGCACAAACCAGAUACUGAAAGAACUAGAUUUAGGGGACAAUGAACUGGAAGAUUCAGGAAUAAGUCUGUUGUGUGAGGGCCUGAAAAAUCCACACUGCAAAAUACAAAGAAUAGAGUUGUACAAUUGUUGCCUUUCAAGAGGUUGCUGUGAAGAUCUGUCUUCAGUUCUUACUAGAAGCCAGACCCUUACAGAGUUGGAUGUGUCAAAUAAUACGCUUGGAGACUCAGGAGUAUUCAUACUGUGUGAAGGGCUAAAACAUCCAAGUUGCAAGCUGCUGAAAAUGAGGUUACAGUUCUGUAAACUGAGAGCAGCAUGUUGCGGAACUCUUUCCGGUGUUCUCCCUAUCAACCAGACCUUGAUGGAGCUAGAUUUAUCAGGAAAUCACCUGGGAGAUUCUGGGAUCAAUGUAUUGUGUGACGGAUUAAAACAUCUUCACUGCAAACUUCAGAGGCUCAAGUUGUCCCACUGUUAUUUUACAGAAGCGUGUUGUGGAGAUCUUGCCAAAGUUCUUAGUAAAAACCAGAGGCUGAAAGACUUAGAUCUGUCUGAAAAUGAAUUAAGAGAUACUGGAAUGAAGCUGCUUUGUGAUGGUAUCCAACAUCCAGACUGUAAAGUAGAGACACUAAAGCUAGUUAACUGUUACUUGACAUCUGCUAUCUGCAAGGAUUUCUUCACUGCUUUGUCUAUGAACCAAUCACUGACCAAACUGGCUAUCAACCUCUGGGAGCCCCCGAAUAGUGCCUGGGGCAACAAGCUAAUCUAUGAUGCACUGAAAAGUACAGGCAGAAAACGACGGACACUACUCUUGAAUGAAGCCUCUAUAAAUUGGGAUGAUGAUAAUGUGGAUGAAGGAUUCCAUAGAGAGGGAGAGAUAGAGGAACCUGCAAAUCCUUGUGAUAGCAUAUUCUGUGGCUUGUGCUCCCAUGGAGAGCACCUUGCAGAAAAAGUCAAGCCAGAAGUUGUUUGGGACCCACAAAGGAAUCAUCAAGCCUACAAGUUAUGCCUCCCUGGGGCUGGCUUCUUCUGUUGCUGUGACACUAACAUCAGGUUUGAAGUGAGAGCAGCUGUAACCAUACGAUACCAGCAUGGUUCAUGGUAUAACUACUGGAAUGAAUGGAAGAAAGAGAGGCUGGUCAUUGCUGGUCCUCUGUUCAACAUCCAAGCAACUCCAGUAGAGGCUGUGUCAGCUGUCCACUUCCCCCAUUUUCUGUGUCUUGCAGGUAAACAGGAAAACAGCUUCCAAGUACAAAUUGCACAUUUUGCUGAAAGGAAGAUGAUUCUAGAGAAGCCAGAUGGUGUGGAGCCAUUUCAUGUUGUGUUGAAAAACCUCAGGUUUUCUCCCUGUGGAGUAGUAUUCAAACAGUCAUUCUUUAAACGAAAGAUAAAGGUCCAUGCUGCAGUACUGCUCUAUCAAGUUCAUGGUGUCUUACCCCUAAAAUUCCACCUUUAUCUUCUUCCGAAUGAUUGCUCUCUGAUAAAGGCUAUUCACAUACAUGAACUAAACUGCCUUUCAAGAAGAGUUCAGAAACCCACUAAAACUACCAAUCCUCUGACUAUUGGCUCUUGCUUUCUUGUGAAGAGGUCAGAUGAUGUCAAAGUCAGUCCCAAGGAGCUGAAGUUUAAAUACCUGGAUGCAGAGGAGGAACAACAGUAUUUUGAAGUGUGUGCUCAGUGUAGACAAGCUGAGCUGGAGCUCACCCUGGUGGAGAAGAAGAAGGAUAAACUUGUGUGGAAAGUGUGUGUGAGAUCAGAUGAACUUACACAUACAAUGCAAGAUCAGUAGACAUCCACAGAGAUGUAUGGAGCCUCCCAAGGGUAGAGACUUCUUGGAUGUGAAAUGUUCAUGGAACAAGAACCAGAAAUCCUCUGGAAUUUUCUCUCUGUGUUAGUGUGAAUUUUGAUAUUCCUGGAAUCCUCUGAGAAGAAGACUGAAAUUUAGCAGAACAUGGAAAACUUUGCCACAAAUACAUUUUUACGGCCAUGAGAGACAAGAGUAUAUAGGCUUGAGGCAUGGGAAGCAAUAACCUAGACUUACCUUCAGAAAGGAAUUAGAUGCACCACAAUUCCCUCUAACACUGUACCUCAAGGGAUUUGCCAGUGUUGAGGGAGAGAGACUAUCAUGGAAUCUUAAAAAAAAAAAGUACCAUUUAUGAGGUGACUGAUGAUGAGGGGAGCCCUCUCUCUGAGUAGCUGUUACUCUCAGAGGGAACUUCCAAGCUUUGAGUUGUAUAAUUGAAGGAUCAUUUAGUGAGUCAGAUAGCCAUGUGUUUAUCUCUCUCUGUGGUUUAGUCUUCACAUUACACUUACCAUGUACCUGGUUGGUGGCAUGAUUAGUAGUGUGCAUACUUGCCUCAUCUGAUCAUCACUGCAGGUGAUUGUCUGUAUUGUGUUGUAUACAGGGUUUUAUAAAACAUUUCCAUUGUGAUAUUUCCUCUCUCUGAAGAGGUUUUUUUUAAUUCACACUGAUUUUUUUUUUUAGAUUUGUAUGCUACCUUUCUGCAAAAUCAGGGCCACCAAGGCAGCUAACAGUUAAAAUAAAGCAUUAAAAAAUCAACACUGAAAUAUACAUACAACAAUAGUUAAAACAUAUGGCAGGAAGGAGGGAUCAUUGAGGGAAUAUCAGCAGAAAGAAAAAGGUUUCAGGCUCUAUCAGGAGAUCAUAACAGAAGAGUUACAGAGUUUUGGUGUCACAGCUGAGAAAACCCUCUCUCAGUCACCUGCCUAAUCUCAGAAGGCAGGGACACCAAAGCAGAGCCUGAAAAGAUGACGGUCAGCUAGAUUCGUAUGGGGAAAGGUGGUCCCUUCAGUUAGGCUGGUCUUGACUCAUGUAGGGCUUUAAAGGUCCACACCAGCACUUUGAAUUGGGCCUGGAAAAAUAAAUAAAUAAAUACCUCGUGAGUUACUGCAAACUUUCUAACAGAUAAUAUAACUACUGUUUCUGAAGUCUUUGCAGUUAUGUAAGACGGCUAUUGUUUCAGUGUGUUGAGAUGUUUUAAAAAUAAUGUAUUCUUAAUGUAGUAGUGUGAUUUUCUAAAUAUUAGCCUGAACUUCAGAAAAAAUAUAUAGGGUUAGAUCUAGGGGAAUUUUUGUAGAUUUCCUCCCUCUCAUGGUAGGCCUCUGACUCAUCCUGUGCUGUUCCUAGCAGUCCCUUGUCUCACAGGAGCAGCAUUUGGGGCUGCAGUGGGAGCUGAGGAGGUCCUGCUCCACUGACAGAAAGCCUUUUUGUUAGGAGAGAUUUUGCACAGAAUCCAGCUUGUAAAGUCUGAUAGCUUAAUAAAGGAAUUUAUAUUGAUAUGUUAUUAAAUUUGUCAUGCCAGCUUUGUUUGAAGCAAGCAAACCUCAUUGAAUUCAAAAACAUUACAAAGCACAGCCACAGCACUGAAGAAUAUGUACUAUAUGUUUUGUUUUAACUCUGUAAAGGAAGAA